AUGAAGCUUAUCAAUAAGGUUGAAGGAUCGGGUACCAAUGAAGGUACUAUCUUAACACUUCUUCCACAAGAUAAAGAAGAUUUGUUCACAUUGUAUAAUAUAAUCAAUACUGAUGAUGAGAUUAUCUUUAAGAAGAAAGUGACCUCUAAAACUGAGGAAAGUGGCAAGAAGAAAACUACACAACUUGAAAAAUUGAGAAUUAGAGUUGUAUCGUCAGAGUUUGAGCCUCAAAAUGAAUUCUUAAGGUAUAAAGGUGUAACCACAGAGGAUGAUUACUCAAAUGCCAACCAGGAUAUGCCAAUUGGAAAAUUCUUUAGUUUUACUAUUGAUUUCCAGUAUCCUUUCACAUUGAUAAAAAGCGACUAUAAUUCGUAUGUUUCCAAUCUUAUAAAGGAAGCUUGCAACAUUGAAGGUCGUUCUGAUAUGGCUGCGGUUGUCUUACAAGAGGGCAUUGCACAUAUAUGUUUAAUGAAUUCAUUCUCCACAGUGUUGAAGCAUAAAGUCGAAUAUAGUAUCCCAAAAAAGAAGCGGGCAACAGAUAUUAUGAAAUUUGAUGAUAAAGUUGAAAAGUUCUAUAAGGCCACAUAUGAGUCUAUGCUUAGACAUUUUGACUUCGAGAGUUUAAAAUGUAUUAUACUUUGCUCUCCAGGGUUUUAUGCAAAGACACUCUACGACAAAAUUUUGAAUUAUGCUAGGGAAACCAAAAAUAAAAGUGUCCUUUCAAACUCUAAUAAAUUCUUAGUAGCUCAUUGCUCCACUGGAUAUCUACAAGGAAUUGACGAAGUCUUGAAAAACCCUGCCUAUAAACAUAAAUUGGAAGAUGUUAAAAAUUCAAAGGAAGUCAUAAUAAUGGAUGAGUUUUUGGAUCAUUUAAAUAAGGAUGAUUUCAAAGCAUGGUAUGGUGAGCAAGAGAUUACAAAGGCCGCAGAAUUAGCUGCAAUAGAUACAUUAUUGAUAUCUGAUAGUUGGAUGCGUUCUGAUGAUGUAAAAAUUAGACAAAAGUCUUUGAACCUAGUCAAAGAAGUUGAACAGAGUGGAGGAAAAGCUUACAUUUUUAGUUCAUUGCAUAACAUUGGUGAGGAGCUUGAUCGUUUAACCGGUAUUGCUUGCAUCCUUAAGUACCCUAUUCCAGAUUUGGAUGAAGAUAUUGACGACGUUAGUGACGAAGAUAAUUAA